CUCUUCUCCUCCUUCUCCCACCCACCCACUCACUCACACACACACAAACACACCAAAUGGCUCUCACAAAAGAGGAAGACUUGAAGAUUAAUGCAAAUCUGUAUGAAGCACUGAUGAGACAAAAGGAUGAUAAAGUGAUCGAGUUAUGUAAAAAAAUUCCCAAGGGUCCUUUGCAUACACUUACCAUACACGAAGACACCGUCCUCCAUAUGGCAACUUAUCAUAAGAAAACCGACCUUGUACUGAAGCUCCUAGAUAUGGUGUCAGUCUGUGAUACUCACAAACUCACAUGGCAGAAUAGUGGUGGAAACACCAUUCUCCAUGAGACUGGCACAAACAAUAAGACAGUCAAGGUUGCAGUAGAGGUGCUACGCAGGGCUCCUAUGUUGCUUAACAUGACCAACAAAGAGGGAGAGACGGCAUUAUUUUAUGCAGCUCGCCAUGGCAAGACCAGACCCUUUCGAUUCCUUCACGAUGAAGUCAGUAGAGCAAUUCAAGGACCAGAUUUGGCGACAUUUCUUCGAAGGGAUGAUAAGUUUACAAUACUCCACAUAGCAAUUCUGAGUAGAAACUACAUGAUUGCCCUCGAGAUAGCAGAAACUUAUAGAGAGUUAAUCGGUGAAAAGGAUGCAGACGGCAUGACAGCUCUUCAACAUCUUUCAACCACUAAACCAGAAUUUCAUCCUAAAAAUUUCUUCAAGCGCAUGAUAUUCAAGGUGAUCGAUACAGAUAUUGAGUAUGAAGGAUAUCGGAUGUUCAACUAUUUUAAAAAACUACGGAAACAAAAACAUGCUUGUGAAUGGGCAAUGAAAAUUGCGCAAUUGUUGAUAAAAGAAGACAACUCAUGGGAAAAGACUGAAUCAUGGACAGAUAUGCGUGGUUCUAAGUUUCAUGAAUAUGGACAGAGUACAUCCACACUUAAACAAGAAAAAAAGAUUCCAAUAGCUCAUGAAGUUGAUUAUCACAAGCCUGAUACCCCAUUGUUGUUAGCAACCAAAUAUGAUUCUACGGAGAUUGUUAAAGAAAUAUUGAAAGUGUAUCCGCAGGCUGUAGAACAUGUUGAUAAAGAUGGGCGUACCAUUUUACAUUUGGCAAUCUUGCACCGAAGACAUAAAAUCAUAGAUGUUGUUGAAGAUAUGAACUAUCCAUUGGAGAGACUAAGAGGAAGGCUUGACAAGAAUUUUAACACCUUGUUGCACAUGGUUGGUCAAAGAGUUGAUGAGCUAGCAGAGGACGUGAAACAUCCUGCCCAACAAUUGAAAGAUGAUCAACGUCUAUAUAAGAGGGUGGAAGAGCUAUGUACAGCCUUAGACACCAUGACAAGAAACUCAGACCUAAAGACUGCUUAUGAAGUGUUUAGUGAAACCAAUGAUCAACUUCGUUCAGAAGCGAAGGAGUGGAUGUGUGAGAAUGCCAAAAACUGCUCACUUGUGGCUGUGCUUAUUGCAACUGUUGCCUUUACUUCUGUAUACACAGUGCCAGGAGGUCCAGAUGAGACAGGUCAUCCAGUUCUCAAGAAGAAACCUAUGUUUCUACUAUUUACCUUAGCUGAUUCCAUUUCGCUUUCAACGGCAUUGACAUCAGUUAUCUUAUUUCUCAAUAUUGUCACAUCACCAUUUCGGUAUAAGGAUUUUGCGUCAUCUCUUUUUGAGAAGCAACUUACAGCGCUUGUCCUGUUGAUCAUCUCUGUGGCAAUGAUGAUGGUGGCAUUUGCAGCUACACUUGUUUUAACUAUCAGUAGUAAAGCGAAAUGGACAGACGUGACCUUGUAUGGAGUUUCAUUCUUUCCGGUGUUUGUUUUCGUGUAUGAGUAUAUGCAACAAUACAUUGAAGUGACGAAGGAUUUCCACCGGGUACUAAAGGCUAUGAUGGAAAAAGUAGUUGAGAUUUAUCAUGAGAUUUGGAACUACAAACCUCAUUCUCUACAUCCACUUAUUGAUUCCAUGGAUCUAACAACUCGUUCACCCGUUUAGAGUAUAAUUUCGAUGCUUUGACCAUGUUUGUACCUUUUCGUUAUUGUUCUUCUCGCCGUGUUGUGUCUCCUAAUAGUGAAUAAUUUGCCAUUAAUUGAGUGAGUGCUGUCAAAAC